CUCUCUUCUCAUGAAAUCCAUUUCGCUAAAUUUCCCUCGCCUUUGAUUCAAAACAGGCUUAUUCCUAUAAGUGCCACGAAAGUUUCUACCACAGAAUAUAUUAUUCACUGUAAAAAUAACGACACUGACUUUAACAGCGGAUGUCAUCGUUUAACGUCAAUCUGCGAGUAAAGAUCAAUAAUUAAUACCAUCCAUCAAACUUGAUGUGCUAGAAAACUUCACAAUAAAUAGCUGUGCUUUGUAGUCCAAUUCUACUUUUAAUCUAAUUAAUAUCCACAGUGCCGUUAUACUGAGUGGUGACCAAAGUAUUUUUUAUUCAGUUUUCAAAUUUCUAGGCCCAUUAGCUUCUUCAAUGAACUUUACUUGUUUAUAAGGCUGCCCAACAUUCGCAAUCUACGAAGUAUCUCACUUUUUUAGGUAUUUUCAUUUUUUAUAACUUUAUUACUUUCUGACAGCAAUCAGUAUUUAUGACAGCACUAUCUAUUUGUGUUACAAUAGUAAGCAAUACUGCCGAGUCUCGCUAAUUAAGUAAUAUAGCCCCUGUCUUAUUAAAACUCGCGCAAUUCAAACUUUUACUAUUUCGAACAACUUGUUCAGGCCCCUUGAAAAACUCUAACUAUAACCUUAUAACACAAACGUCUACAUUUCGAGCUUUUCAUAAUCCCAACAUUUUGAUUAAGCCUCAGGCAGUUCGAAUUAAACGGAGUUGACUGUUUUAUUAUUUGUUUAUUUAUUCAACGAUAAAAGUGUAUUAGAAAGAUUGGAAAUAAGCACUGGAAAGCAGUGACCGCCGAAAAUAUUACGAAUCGGUUUGGGAGGGGGUGAAUGCUUUGGGCUUAAACAUGCUGCAAUGCCUAAAUCAAGAUUACUAGAUUACGGUUCAAGCAAACUUUAAGAAUAAUUUGUCGGCUAAGCCCCCUUAGACUCCCAGCUUUGUUGACCCCUAACUGAAAGUGGUUUUCCAUGUUUCAAUACUCAAAAGUUAUUUGAAAUGACAUCACUAGUUACUAGCUCCCUUAAUCGCCCGCUGUUUGUAAACAAUGGAAUCACCGAGGCAUCACGUGUUCCUUUCGAAUUCACAACAAAGUCGAUUGAUUGUCGAUGUUGCCGCACAGAGUUUCCCGUGCGAUUUUUUAUGGGCUUGAACAUAAAGUUGGGAUCGCUCAAGAAGAAGUUUCAAGAAUCAGUCUGUUAGCAGCUGGUUGUGUUCGGAAUUUAACACCUGUCUUUGCGUUCUGUCGGCCACAAAAUACCACAGGGAGCAUGGCAAAAUUCCUGUUGACUAUGCCGGUGUACUCACCAACUCCCGAAGAUAUGUUAUCGCAAGGGGGAGAUCCCAAUCUACAGUAUGCAUCACCAAAAGGAGGCAUAUCAAGUGGGGAUUCCUAUUACAUGGACCAUGGCUCUCCGGACCCGUGGGGACAUCAUAUCACCAGUAACAGGACCCAGCCAGGGACAACCGUACCAUCUGGUUACUCAAGUAUUCAAGCAGAAAUGAACUCAACACAAGUACAACCUUCAUCACCCUACAUGUACACAUCAAUGUCACCUCCGAUUAAUGGCGUCCCUACAUCAAGACUUGGCUCGGGGGGAACACAAACUGCAGAUGCCCUCGGAAAAGCCCUGGCUUCAAUGUAUUCAACCGACACACAUUCGAACCCAAGCUACUCGUCAAACCCGUCAACUCCUGUCGCAUCACCCCCGCCGCUGAUCAGCGACCGGGCUUUGGCUGUUUCUGCUGCUCCUCCUUCAGGAAAUGCCUGGGUUCCCCAAGGCCAAACGCAUUCUCCGCCAUAUGACAAUCUACACACAUUGAGUCGGAUGGAAGAACGCCUAGAUGAUGCAAUUUGGGUUCUGAAAAGUCAUGCAGAAAACCCAACAAUGCGGGGGAUGCCACCUAUGGGAUACCCAGCCGCUGCAUACCCACAGGGAAUGACCGAAGCAUUACAGAGCCAGCCAGUGAUUGCAAGUGACAACGACAUCGAGGCUACUAGCAAUAUUCUCUCAAACAGCUCAUUGGUAUCCAAUGACAACCAAAGCGAAUCAAUCUCCUUUUCAGCUGACUCCAAACCGUCUAAAGCAAAAGAAGGCAAAUCGAGAAAGAGGCCAGCAAAAGCCGACAUACAAAUUGUUGACAGAAAACAGUCGACACAGCCGGCAAGUGUGCAAAGCGUUGAUAGUGACGGCAGCGGAGGAGAUCGCCUCGGAGAUGACGAACCUAGAGACGGCGAGAAAAAGGUCGUUAGGGAGCAGGAACGCAGAUUUGCUAAUAAUGCGCGGGAAAGAUCAGCAAACAACGCAAGAGAGAGGUUACGCGUUAGAGAUAUUAAUGAGGCUUUCAAAGAACUCGGUAGAAUGUGUAGUUUGCACCUGAAAACAGAGAAACCUCAAACAAAGGUGAGUUCUGUUCACCCACAAACAAAGCUCAUGGUGAUUCAUCAAGCUGUAUCAGUUAUCCAGAGUCUUGAAGGACAAGUACGAGAGAGGAACUUGAAUCCGAAAGCAGCUUGCCUAAAAAGAAGAGAAGAAGAAAAGAUAGGAGAGGAUUCCCCUGACAAGCGAAUGGCAAUGGGGGCAUUAUCAGAAGGAUCAAAACGAGGCAAUCGAAGAGCUCCAUCUUCAAAUUCAAGACGAGGCUGUUCUUUUUUAGGCUAUCCUGACCCCCUGGAAGGCACUUCUGGCCUCGUUGACACGGCGAUUUUCACUCAUUGAUUUCUUAACAGUGAUGAGAUGCGAUUUGAAAAAUUGACUUCAAUGUCUGGUGGCUGGUUAUCUUUUGCCGGGGGUUUUUGCGGUUAUCUUGAAAUUAGCAUUGAGCAGUGAAGACAAUAACUUUAAAGAGGUCAAAGUUCACCGUUCUGGGUCAAGGGUCAGAUCCUAGACGUAGUAGGUCAAGGGUGCAAAGGUUAGAUUUAAUUGACACUGGCGUUUGGCUUUUAUCGACUUAUUAUUCUCAUUUGAGAUGCUUAACACACAAAUCAAGAGACUUAUAUUUAUGUCUGCAUAUCUAAAUGUUUUACUGUAAAGUAGUGAUGCUGUCUUUCACAGAGGAUUUAGGUAAUUUUAGUAUAUUGUUUGGUGAGAGUAUUAUGAAAGUUAAUCCGGUGUCUGGUGGACCAUUGCUAAAGUUUUAAUUAGAUUAAGUUAGCGAUUCUCAUCUCCUGUUAUAACUUAACUAAAUCUUGUAUAUGCAAAACAUUAUUGUAGCCUCCUUCCGAUCAAUAUACCCCAACCUUCUAAGAUUUUACUUAAUUCUGCACGUGCAAAGGUGCUAUUCAAAGUAUUUUGAUGAACCAGCCUUUAAAAGCCAGGCAACAGUUGAUUUGAAUUCAACUGCUUUGAGUCUGGAUUCAAUCUAGGUUUACUAAUCAAAUCUGUAUAAAAUCUUCGUUUACUAAUCCAAAACUAGAUCUAACAAAUCGUGAAAUAGUUAACAAUACUCGAUUAAUCUGUUUUAGGAUAAAUAAACUUAACAAUGCAAUCACAACCAUCAUUUAUUGAACUUUAUGUCACUGACAAUAAUCCUUUUUAUGACUGUCUUUUGCGUGGUCUACUUACGUCAUAUCAAUCCCAUAAUGCAUGUUUCUCUUUAGAAUAAAUCUUAACUCAAGACGAUUCCCUAGCUUCUGAAGAUUAGUAGUAAAAAAGAACCAAAAGCUUGAAGUUAACUUGUACCUUUAUUCCAAAUUACCAUUUGUUCAUCAAUAUAGCCCAACUUGCCCUGUGGUUAGUGAAAGAUGUCUGUUUAAACUAUAGUUUUCCUUUGAUUAACUAUGGUUUUGAAUAGUUAACUAUAGUUCGUUCUGGUUUAUUAUGAAUAACUAUAGUUUACAUAGGUUUACUGUUGUUUACUCUAGUUUACUAUCGUUUUCUUAACUUAAGUAUGGUUUACUCUGGAAACAUUGGAAAUAGAAGAUAAUUAAGUGUGUUUUAUCUCUGGUUUGUUAAGUAAUCUUGUUCGAAUCGAAGAAAAAGCUGUUAGGCCUAAAUCCCAUAAUGCAUUUCCUCACCUAUCUACAAACCAUAAAUUAUUUAUUAGCCAAUCACAAUUAUCAAGGUUUGCCUUUUUCGAUUUUAGUGUCUCUUUUUUCCCUGUCCACAUUGGCCUAGCUUUUAAUUGCGAUGUUCCUCAUAAACAGUCCAACGACACCAUGAAAUGUUUUGAUAAUCUUCGAACUUCAAGUCUCGAAAGAAAUCCUUGUGGUGCUUCAUCAUUGCCACGCUAUCCGGCUGUUGGAGGACAACUAAAGCCAGUUUACUACCAACCCCAAGUAUACAGAACAUCUUAGCUUCAUUAGUCAUCCUACCCCCUGGAAAACCCAGAUAAUCAUAGCACUUUUAACAUAAACACGUGUUAUCAAGGGUGUUUUCUUCUAUCUACUAAGGUUUAGUGUCAAUUUGGUCAACAUUUGUCCGUUACGAGAAUAUGUUCGCGUUAUCUAGUUUUAAGUUUAUGUAAGAUAUAUUAAGUUUAAAUCAAAUUUUUCCCUAUAUUCUGUAAAUGAAAAUUACGAGUUGAUAAGAAUCAUUUGGUUUGUUUCAAAUUAUAACAAA